CCAAACACUGAAGAUUUCCUUCCAGGUUAGGAUUGGAUGCUGGUGUCUUAUAUCAACAAGCACUGUAAAAAUGCGGUACAUUUAAAAAUGUUAUUGUCAACAUAAAACAAAGAUGAAAUACAGAUGAAAAGACAAAGCAUGCCGCGAAGAAAACAAGUUCAACCAAAGAGAUUACAAUCCUCUGAUGAUGAUCAGGGAUCAGAUGGUGACAAUGAGGAUGAAACAUCAGAUGAUGAAAGAAAGUUAAAGACUUUACCUCUCAAUGAAAAAUCAAACUCAACUGAAGUAGACUCAAAAAAAUAUUCAAACACAGUCCCAGAACCGCUGGAAAGUGGUACCUCAUCAAAUAAUAAUCAGGAGGAUUCAUUAGAGAAAUCAGAGCAGACGACAUCUGAAAAACCUAGUGAUAGUUCUGAAUGUGACAAAAUGACUCUGAAAAAGGAAGAUAAUUCUAAAAAGGAACCUGAAAAACGUCCUGAAACACCACCAUUGAAAAGACUGAUGAGGCAAGAUCCAUUGCCCUUAUUUAUGAGUGACAAAGGCCCAUCACCUCCAAAGAAAAUUUACCGAGAUGAACUUUAUUACAAAAAAUUUGCCGUCCCAUAUUUUGCAACACCAUCCAUGGUCAAACAUGCACCCACUCACCCUAGACAAGCAAUUCUGAAAUCCAAACACUACUCCAACAAAUUUCCAAAGCAUUUCAAUCCAUCCAAUCCAUAUUCAUUCCCAAAAGUCCAUUCAGAGGAUCAACCUUUAGACUUGUCUACAAAAGGAUCAUCCAAAUCCAGUUCAUUUGUGGACACAAGGAAAUCAGCAGGAAAGUACACAAAUGGAUUCCUCUCAAAUAGUUCUAGUCUUCAGAGUCUGCAAAGACGAUUUGGUGGCAUGGCAGGAUUCCGCACCAGUCGCCGACCAAUGAGUGGAAUUCUCACAGGAUUACCCUCCACUAUUUCCCAGAAAUCUCAUUCAAAUUCUCAGAAAAAAAUCUAUAAUGAUCUCACAUUAAGUCAAAGUCAUAAGAGUGAAAAUAAGACUUCAGAUUCAAAAGAUCCAGUUUUAAGGGAAAAACUGAAAAAUGAAGUUGACUCAAAAGCUGCUAGUGAAAAAGACCAGAAUUCAAACAUAACCAAAACAGGAAAGGAGAGUUCAGAGAGUAUUGACAAAGAAGAAGACAACAAGUAUACAAUUCACAAGUGUUCUUGUCAGAAAACCUAUAGUACCCUAUAUGGACUUAGCCUUCAUUUACAGGAAUCUGGACAUCUACCAGCGGGGACAAAACAGACCAACCUAAUGGAGUAUCCAAAACUAGUGAGAGGGCAAGACAUGUGGCUUAACCAGGAAUCUGAACAGACCAAAAAAAUUCUUAGAUGCAUUCAGUGUGGUGAGUCCUUCAAAUCUCUACCCAUGUUAACUGUUCACAUGAUGCAGACACAACAUUACACAAAAAUCGUUACAUCUGAACAUGGGAGGCGGUCACACAAGUGUUCUGUUUAUUGUGACCGGGAUCUGGACAGGGAGUGUAUUUUCAAGUGUAAGGUGUGUAAUAGUGCUUACAGUGACAUGGAGGGCUUGGCCAACCACAUGGUUCUCUCUGGUCACCACAAAAAGAAAAUGCACCAAAUGUCGCCUUUUUCUGAUUUCAAAUUAAAACUGCCACAAAAACGGUACAUCCGGGAGGAGCAGAUUGACAGGUCCAUGUCACCUGUAGGAAGCACUCAUGAAGAAUCUAAGGCUAAAAUUUCCCGCCAAAGUUCUCCACUGAGUGAUCAAUCCAGAAGUCCCAGCUCAAAUGGGGCUUCUGAAGAUAGCAGAAUCACCUGUGAAAACUGUAGUGAGAAAAUUGAGACUGGAAAAUUUGUUGAUCAUGUUCGAGUUUGCUUAUUAUUGUCCAAAUAUGACUCAAAUUAUAAAAUUUCAAUCAAAAAAGAAACUGUCAAGAGAGAAUUAGAGGACUCAGAGAAAAACAUGGUAUCAGGCUUGCAAAAAGAUAAAGAUUUUGAGACUGCAAAAGAUGGAAAUAUUGAAGUAAAAGUGAAAAAAGAAGUGGAAGAAAGUGAUGAAUCUCCAAAAAUGGACACAGAUUUGAAGAAAGUUGAUACUUCAGAAUUUUCUGCUGCAAAAAUUGAUGAUGGAUGUGGAGAUUGCAAAAAGUUGGACAUAAUAGACCCCAACCUUGGGACAGAUGAGGACAUUAAAGAAGAGAGCUCUGCUCUAUCUGCCAUGGAGAGUUUCAUUCAGAGAAGCUUCAAAUCAGAGUUCAAUUACAGAAGAGGUUCUGUGAAAAUGGGAUCUGCAAACAAAGAGCAGGUAGGCCAAAUAUCACAAAAGCCCCUUGAGCGAUCUAGUCCAUCUAUAAGACUUGAAAAAUAUCAAAAAUAUUUCCAUUACUUUUAUUCAAGCGAGUCUGAUGAAAAAAGUUCCUUGGAGGAAAAAUCCUCUACUGAUGACAUUGGGAAGCUAGAAAAAAUGUGUAAAGAGGUGCAAGGAUCCAAAAGUCCUAAUGUGGAACAAACAAAAGAGACCCUGAGCACUCCUAAGCCAGAGAUAAAUGGUGAAAUCCUUAGUAGCAAAUAUCUGAAUCUGGAUGAGGAAGAGAAAAAUAAGGACUCAUCUUCAUCCUCAUCCUCAAAAUCUUCAGCUUUAGACUCUCUCAGUAGUUUUGUAUACAGUCAAUCCCUAACCAGUGAACACCCAUUAGACAGUCUGCAGAAACUCUUAACAAACAGUAACAUUCCUAAAAUCAUGCCAUCACAUUCAUUGAAAACCUUUAACCAUGUAGAAGCUUCAAUGUCAACUAGUCCAUUGAAUCUUUCCCUAAAAAGGGAACUGGACGAUGAUGACUUGGACUUUUCUGAUGGUAAAGACAGUUUCUCUGAUCAAGAGAGCAGCCAUAGCAGUGACAGUGAGGCUAACAUGGACUACCGCUGCGCCGCCUGCAGCCGCCAUUUUGCCUCGAAAGGUUCCUACAGGUAUCACCUUAGUCGCUGCCAUCUUUCCUCUGUCAAAAAAUAUGGAAUUAAAGAAGCCUUCAAUAUGAGCCCUUAUAUCUACCUCCCUCUAGAUCACACUGCCAAAUUCUCCAAGUAUUACGAAUUGGCUCAGGAGCUUGCCAAGAAAGGGAAGUAAUCUAGGGGACUAUACCUUUUAAACUUUUGAAAAAACUCAUAAAUUCCGAUGGUCUUUUUUUUUUUUUUUUACUGCAUUUCCCCAAAAGGCAGCACUAUAAUUCAGUCAGAAGAUCAUUUAGGGAUCAUUGUGUGAUAUAUCUUAGACAAAAGUACAUGUAGUUUUAACAUUCCAAAAAUCUGGUUUCAAUAGUGAAAUCGGGCAAGAGAUGUAGGUGUCUGCAUGUGAUUUUUCUUUUCUUUCUUUUUUUUUUUAUAUGUACUAUAAAAGGUUUUGUUAUAUAAUUAAUAUUUGUGGAAAAUAGUGGCUUUGAAAUUUUUGAUAAUGCACUAGAAUGUAAUGCAAGAUGACAAAGUCUUAAAAGUUUUUCCUCUUGUAAUGUUUUAUUUAUGUGCUAAUUUAAGUCUAUAUCCCAGUGUGUUGAAAAGUUUAAUCAUACAGCUCUAUGUCUGUGUAACACCAAAGUUUUAUGGAAAUCCAUGUUCAGAAAAGUUUUAAGAUGAAGGAUUUCAUUAGCAAGACUAAAAAAGGAAUUUUUGUGGGUGAUAAAUUUUUUUCCUCUAGGUAUAUGACACAUACAUAUAUUCUGCAUAAUAUAUUGUAUAGAAUGAACCAUUUUGGAAUGUAUAAUUUUUCCAACUAGUUUGUGUAAAUAGCUAUGCUCUGGGCAAGUAGCAAUGUAUGAAUUAGUUUCUGUCAGAUGUGCUUAGAAUGGAUUUUGGGCUGUAAUUUUGGUUGACAGGAAAACGUGUUUUAUGUUCUCUGAUUAGGAAAAAGCUGAAAUCAUUAUCGGUGUUUGACUCCCCUCAUUACAAGAUGCAUCAAAUCACAAAAACGCCUUUCCCCCUCUCAGA